AUGUCUCAUAGCAAGAGAAAUACGUCUCGGGCUGUGUUUACGUCCCACGAGAGAGAACAAGCAAAGGCAGCAUGGAAUUCGACAUCUGCUCGCCUCUCGAGAGAUUCAUUCCUUCCCUUCGCUUCAUGCAGGCUAUGUCUCCAGCCAGCAGUGUCCCCCGUAUCUUGCUUGCAUGGAGAUAUCUUCUGCAGGGAAUGUGCAUUGAACAACAUUCUUUCUCAGAAGAAAGAGAUCAAGCGUUUGGAGAAGGCGCGAGAGAAAGAAGAGAAAGAUGCCGAAGAGGAUAGAGCAAGAGAAGAUGCUGAAGCAAAGGAAAGAGCUGUUCAAGAUUUUGAAAAAAUUCAAGCUGGGCUGGAGGCCAAGAUGAAAGAUGGUUUGAGGGAUCAAAAGAUCGUUGGCAGAGAGGGUGGCAAGAUCAUUGUCGAAGAAGAUGUUGCUGGAGGAAAGAGGGGUGAGAAGAGGAAGUUUGAGCUUGAUGAGGAGGAACUUCUUCGCAUUGCUCGUGAUGAAAGAACAAAGGCAAGAAAAGCCAUUGAUGACGAAAAGGCUUACAAAACAACUCUGCCUUCGUUCUGGGUACCAUCAAUCACACCUUCCUCCAAUACCCAGAUUGCUCUGCACACCAUUGUUAAGAAAGCCAAGCUAUUCCCCGUAUGCCCCGCGUCCCAAACCGACAAACCGCACAACUAUUCGCUGCACACCUUGGUCGAGGUAAAAUUCACCGAGGAUAAGGAUGCAGCUAAGAAGACAAGUCAGCGAAUUUGUCCAUCAUGCAAGAAGGCAUUGAGCAACACUUCCAAGGCAAUGCUAGCGAAGCCCUGUGGCCAUGUUCUGUGCAAGAACUGCGUGUCUAAAUUCAUGACUCCGACCGGUGUUCAUGAUCCUCACGCGCCUGACGUGGAUCAGAACGCCGUUGCAUGCUAUGUGUGUGAGGCUGAUUUGACCGAGAGGAAGGGUAAGGCUUCAAAGUCGGCCAAUGAGGAUGGAACGACCGAGAAGGAGAAGAUCAGGCCCGGAUUAAUUGAAAUCAGGGCAGAAGGAACAGGAUUCGCUUCAGGUGGUGCCAGUGUUGUUGAUCGGAUGGGGAUUAGCUUCCAAUGCUAG